GGCCGCUACUCUAACAUUGCAUUGUUACAUUGUUUUUGCGGGAUAUUGCACAAGUAACCCGCAGCUGCAGCUGCAUUUGCAUCUGCGUGGACAUCGACUGGCACUUCCCACCUUAUCUCUCCGUCUGGCCUCGAGCAGGUCUACCGAGUAAUGGUAUUGAUCGACAAUUCAAAUUCUUUUAGCGGACGGCACUUGAUCCUAUCUCAACAAUCUUCGCAUAUUAUCGCAUUAGUGUGCGUGUAAUCAGGUAUUAUUGAGCAGGCACAUUGAGAACCCCCCCGAGAACCCCCUGCCAAGUGCAGCCAUCAACUUUUAUUUCUUCAAUCACAAGCUUGUGAAGCCUGUUGUUUUUAUGAUACUCACCAAUAAGUUUAACCCCCAUGCUUGACGUCAGAUUAAUCUGAAUACCACCCUGCACGCACCUCAAUCAGUCAACCAACUGGAAGUCCGUCCCGUUUUUCGCACAAGUCAUUUUUCCAGAUCUGAUUUGUCGAUCUAUCCAAAUUUCGGAGAAAAAAAACCUCGGAGUAGCACUUUCUUCUUUCAUCUGAUUUAUCUCUUGGUAUAGUUGUUCAGAGUUAACAUGCGACUCUUCCUCACACAUGCAGAAUGAGUUUAGAUUCCAGUGAUACAACGAUGGAAAAGCUACGAAGAACUAGAUCACGAAGUAUGCAAACGACCUCUCAAUUCAGCGGUCGGCUACCAAAGCAGAUACAGAGAGCUUUACCGGUUUAUGCCAUUCUCGUCCUGUUUAUUCUGAUCAUCUCAAAUGUCGAUACUCUGAAAUCAUCUACAGUAUCACAUGCAAAACGGUCGACGCAAAAAAUUCUGAAAGGCAGCACAACCGCAGACUUUCCAAGGAAAAUAUGGCAGACAUGGAAAGUCGAUCCAUUGGGUUUCGCAGAAAGAGAUCUUUUAAGUGCCAGGACUUGGACUCAGUUAAACCCAGGACACCGAUACGAGGUUUUAACAGACAAUAAUGACAUGUAUUAUGUCGAAACACACUUUGGACCAGACGAGUUGGACAGGCCGGAUAUAGUCGAAAUGUAUCGAUCACUGAAAGUCCAAAUCAUUAAAGCAGAUCUUCUGCGAUACUUGAUAAUGUACGUUGAAGGCGGAGUCUAUACAGACAUUGAUGUCGAAGCACUCAAGGCAGUCAAUGCCUGGAUCCCUGAUAGAUAUUCUGUGGGAGAUGUAGAUAUGGUUGUCAGCGUGGAAAUCGACCAACCUGAAUUCAAAGACCAUCCAAUUCUUGGUCAAAAGUCGCAAUCAUUCUGUCAAUGGACAUUCAUGUGCAAGCCUCGACUUCCAGUCAUGCUGGCAUUGGUUGAUAACAUCCUACUGUGGUUAAAUGAUGUUGCCGCAAAACAGAAUGUUCCAAUAUCAGAGAUCAAGCUCGAUUUUGAUGAAGUCAUCUCGGGGACAGGACCUUCCGCAUUUACCGGUGCGAUUUUGAAGGAAAUGACCAUUAAGACUGGAGAUCAAGUUGAUUGGAGUACCUUCCACGCCAUGCGCGAAUCAAAGCUGGUGGGAGGGUUCCUCGUUCUCACCGUUGAAGCAUUUGCUGCUGGACAAGGACAUUCGGAUUCUGGGAAUCAUAAUGCGAGAGGAGCUUUGGUCAAACAUCAUUACCAUGCCUCGGAGUGGCCUCUACUACAUCCUCGUUUCAGUCAUCCAAUAUAUGGCGAGGUGGAGAAAUGCAAUUGGGAACCUGAGUGUGUUAGGAUAUGGGAUGAAAAUAUGGCUGCAUAUGAAAAGCUGUCACCGGAAGAAAAAGAACAGCAAAUCGCAAUAAAGAAGGCCUUGGACGAACAUGAUGCACUUCAUGCGAAGAUGGGUGCUCAGAAACUUGAUCUUAAUGCAUUGAACAUGCCCCAACAGAACUUAAAUCCGAUACCUCAAGCCGCAAUUCCAAUGCCACAGCCUGGAUUCCAUCCAGAUGGUUCGCCGGUAAGAAAUUUGGACGGUUCUAUUAUGAGGAACCUGGAUGGCUCACUACCCAUAAAUCCAAACGCCCCACCUCCGGCGCAGAAACUUGAGAUAAAAGACUUGCCCGCUCCCAAGGCUGACCCGGCUCCUCCAAACCAACCUCAAAUUCAACCAGCACCAGAAGUCAAAGCGAAAGAUAUGAAAACAGAAGAAAAGAAUACCCCUAAAGAUUCUCAGACCGAACCGAAAGGCGAAAUUUUUCUUGGCGCUGUAUGAUUCUUCGUGAGUCAUGUGCUGUUAUAGAUGAGAACACUGAGGCAACAAUGAUCAUGCUCUAGAUUUAGGAAUUUUGCUUUGUCUUAGAGCUUACCCUAAUAGAUUUCAGAAUAUCGAGGGUGGGUAUAAUGAGAGUGAUAGAAGACACCACUUAAAAAGGGUCUCGAAUGUAUGAGGCUUCAAGUUAUCUUUUUUAAGUUGGAAUUGAAGCUGGGAAAUGGUUUCGAUCGCUUCUAGAAAGUGAUGGCACGUCAGUGCAAUCGAAGCCGGAGUUUAAUGAUUGAAGGAUUUUCAUAUGGAAGAAUAUCUCUACGAAUUUUGGAUGUCGCUUACGAAGUCAUCUGCCACCUACGAAGUAUAUAGUACAUGUCCCAUUUCAUAAAAUCGAAUACCACAUUAUCUUCA